CCCCCAGCUGCUCCCCAGGAUGCUCUGGAGAAGAGUGUCCACUUAAAACCUGUAGUGCAAUGCUAAUAAUUUCACAGUUAAGCUGUUGAUAAAUAUAUUUUUAGUUCCCAUUUAAUACGACCAGUCAUCACUAGAAACCACCAAUACCAAUAUAGAGUAAGUACUUACAGGAAUUGCCUCAAGUUACUGAAUACAGAACCUUAGGGUAGUAUCUCACUGGGCUAUGACAGCCCACGACUAGUUGGAGACACAACAAUUGCAAUAAAAUAUGCGAAUUAGUGACAAUUUUCACUUGGAAUCACACUGAAUUGAUAUUCGCAUAUUUUACCGCAAUUGUUGUGUCUCCAACUACCGUAGUCACAGGCUGUCGCAGCCCGGCUUUCCUUCGGCAGGCAGGGAAGUAGAGAAAGCCUCACGGAAACUGACUUGAGAAGGGUUCGCGACAGCUUUGUGACACCAGCGACGCAUUUGCAGUUAUUUUGAGAGAAAUUUUGUCACACAAAUUUUUUGAACAUGUUCAAAAUUUCAGCAACGAAGGAGCGACACUUUGUGACUCAUGCGAGGAAACUGAGAAGCCCCGCGAAUGUUUCAAGACACUUUUGAAAGUCUCUCGCGAAUGGCAUUCACAAUUUGUCGCAAGCUGUCACAGCCCAGUGAGAUACUGGCUUAACCCUUUUCCAACAAAACCUGCUUAACAGGAAAUACAUGUCUUUUGCAAGACAAACAUUAUAUAGAUACAUAUCAGAGAGCAAUACAAAGGAACAGAUCUUCACUACACAGGACACAAGACUGGGUAACAACUCUUCUAACCCUUUAAAUUGUCCCAACUUUUGUGGAACUGGGAUUGUAUAUCGAGACUAUUGGAGCUGCAUAAAAACUGAAAGAAAGAAAGAAAACAACUGAGGAUUUGAAGGAAAAAUGGCUUCAUGUCCUUCAGAGUGUAAGAUUCUCAGGAUUAUGCUUCUUGGUCGCAGUGGUGUUGGAAAAAGUGCAACAGCCAAUGUGAUAUUAGGAACAGAAACUUUCAAAGAAACUGAAACUAUACAGUGUGAGAUACAGAAUGGGAGAGUAGAGGGAAGAAACAUCUCAGUGAUUGACACGCCAGGAAUCAACAACACUUCACUCACUCCAGAACAGUGGAGGACUGAACUAAAGAAGGGUUUGUUGCUUUCCUCUCCUGGUCCUCAUGUGUUCCUGCUGGUGACCAAAGUGGGGAAAUUCUCAGAAGAAGAGAGAAAUGCUGUGAAGUGGAUUGUGGAGAACUUUGGAGAAGAAGCUCCGAAGUUCACUAUGAUACUGUUCAUAGGAAGAGAAAAAAUGACACAGAGACAGUUGGUGAGAUUUUCUGAGGAUGUCAGGACAAAGGAUUUGAUCAGCUGCUUUCAUCGUGGAUACUGUGUGAUAAACAGUAAGAGAGAAGUUAAUCAGGCUCAGAUCAGUAAACUGCUGGAGGAGAUUGAGGCCAUCGUACAACAAAAUGGAGGUCAGGUCUACACGCAAGAGAUGUACGAAGCAGUUGAUAGAAUGAGAACAGGAGGCAUCACACAGAAAAAAGAGGAAAUGGGAAAGGGACAUGAGAGCCAACCAAAACCAAACCAAGAUACAAGUCUGGAGGUGCGGAAAAAGGAUUCUGUUCUUGGGGUUAAUGUAAAGUGCGGAAAUGUGAUACCUCCAAAGAAACAGGAAGAGUCAGUGAAGUCACUUCCUGAGAAGAAGGGAGAGAUGGCAGCCAAGUUUGUACAACCUCAUCCAUCAACUGCACUGCGGAUUGUCCUCCUGGGGAAGACUGGAUCAGGGAAGAGUGCAACGGGAAACACCAUCCUGAAUGGCAAAUAUUUUGAAGUGAAACCUUCUCCUGUAUUAGUGACGAGACAAUGUGAAGUGAAAAGAAGUGAGCGCAUCAUGGUGAUCGAUACACCUGGCAUUUUUAACACACUGCUAACCACAGACGAAUUAAGACAACAAAUGGAUCGGUGUAUGAACUUGGCAGUUCCUGGUCCUCACGUCUUCCUGCUGGUGGUCAAACUGGGCAGAUUCACAGAAGAGGAGAAGAAGACAGUGGAGUGGAUGAAGAACAACUUUGGAAAACAUGCCUUUUUCUUCACCAUGAUUCUGUUCACUCACGCUGAUCAGCUUGGAGAGAAUACACUUGAUGACAUUUUGGCAGAGAGUGCUGAUUUAAGGCAACUCCUCAACUGCUGUGGGAAUAGAUAUCAUGCAUUUAACAACAAUGAUCCCAGCCCUUCUCAGGUAGAAAACCUGAUGCAGAAGAUAAAUAACAUGGUGAUGCUGAAUGGCAGCCGUUAUUACACUGAAAAGAUGUACCGUGCUCAGGGAAAUGUUGGUGGAGGUGAAAUGUUUGCUGUAGGCCUCUCUGUAGCUACAGGAAUAAUUGCAACUGCAGGACUAGCAGCUUUAGGAUUUUUACUCAGAAAAUAAAUACAGUUUCAGCCAAAACACAAUGAAAGUAAAUGCGGCAUUUCAUUUUAAAACAGCCAGACCUGAAAAUAUCACACAGCAACAGAUUUAUUCUCUCCUUUUUUAUGUACAUCAGAGAUGUCUACAAGCGCUGACGACUGGUCGCCUACACAGACGGUCUCCGCCGGCUACUCGAUCCCAGAAAAAAAUAAAAACUUGCCUUUCAAUGUUUAAGUGAUUUAUAUCAUCUCCACCGCCCAUAAUUCGCUGCAAAUCCAAUUAUUUCACCAUGAAAUUGUCUUCGAUUCAGGUCCAGCACAACCAGAAGUGAUGCCAUAUUUGUUGAUUGAUUCUCGCACUCUGAUUGGCUGAGAUGGACCACGUGACCACACCGUAGAGUAUGUAGUUAUGUUACAUAGCCAGGCAGCGUACUACAGAGGGUCACUGAGAAAGCCAAGCACACAUAUCCGUACAUCUGGAGGGAAAUUUCAUACAGAUUUUGCAAGUAUUUUACAGGGAAAUGGUUAGUAAUUUAUUAGCUGAGAGUCCACCGGAAGUCAUGUACAUUUUAAAAUUUUCUGGGGGGGGUGCCCCUAGACCCCCCAGUAUUAGCACGCCAUGGGGGCUUCACCGCUGCAGAUUUCAGAGACGCCUGCUACUUUUUUUAGCUGGCUACUUGAGAUUUUCCGGAGAGCCAUGAUACAUGAACAGAAUCUGUAUUAGCUCAUCCGAUCUGGCUGACAGGUGACGAGUUUAUGCCAUCAUAUGUUUUCUGUCAUCCAUGUUUCAUGAAAAUCUCUUCUUCUCUUUCAAUUCUUCACUGAUUUUUAUUCUUUUUGGCAGGAAGGUAGGUUUCCCUGGGGUGCAAAUAGCUUCUACCCAAAUCUGCAUAAUUGCAAUUAAUAAUGAAGAUAUGGAGUAAUUAAUCAAUCCCUAAUGAGCAGUUUCCACACAAAUCGCUUCUUCUCCCUCAAUUCUUCACCGAUUUUGAUUCUUUCUGACAUGAAGGUAGGGGUCCCUAGGGUGCAUAGAACUACUUCCUAUACUAAUGCUCUUAACAAUGCUUUUGACAGUAAUGUUUUUAAUACUUGGAAAUCCAUUUGCCUUAAGUGCUGCUCUUCCCGAAAUAUUCUAACAACUAAUGCUUGCUGUUAUUGAGUAGACCUAGAGAGUCUCAGUUAGUUUUUAACUAUAAAUAAUAUUAUAAAUGAUAUUAGGUGAUAGUAACUGGAACAUUAUAAUUGCAAACUUUAUAUUCUCUUGUUAUGAGAUUUUUAGACUAUAGUUUAAUUUGUGGUAUCCAUAAGUGUGUUUUUGUGAGGCAAAUAUUUUCUAGGCUUCUGCUGAACGGGCUUGCGAAUAUCAAUUCGCAAUAAUUAAUUAUUUAGUUUUAACUAUAUGUAUAUGCAUUUUUUUUUUAUUAUAGGGCACACUGUUAUUGGAGCCUACCUCUGUUGUGUGACCCCCACCAUUAUAUGUAGUUUGUGAACCCUUUAGAAUUUUCUAUA